AACUACACUUUUAUCCUCACUCGCUUAUCUUCUUCACACCCAUCUCUCUCUCUCUCUCAAAUCUAAGUCUGGGUCUUGACUCUUGAGAAAUAUGCAAAAAAGAUGAUAUCAUUUCUUAGAAAUGAAUUAAUCAAUCUUCAUUCUAGUUUCUUCUUCACAAUGCUAUUUUGGAGGUUUAUUGCGUUGAUUUGGGUUGUGGGGUUGGUUUGUGGUGCAGCUGUUUUGCCUCCUGAUGAAGUGGAAUCACUGAGGGUAAUAGCGAGGAGGUUAGGGAAGGAGGAUUGGGAUUUCAGCGUGGAUCCAUGCAGCGGGUCGUCGGGUUGGGCGAUCCAGAAUCCGGUUAAAGGCAACGAAAAUGCACUAACUUGCAACUGCACAUUUGACAAUAAUUCCACCUGCCACGUCACCAGCAUAAUUCUGAAGGCUCAGAGUCUUAAAGGAUCAGUCCCACGCGAGCUCGUCAGACUCCCAUUCCUUCAAGAGAUUGACCUUACUCGGAACUACCUCAACGGCACCAUCCCUCUAGAAUGGGCUUCCAUGAAACUUGUAAAUAUUUCCCUGCUUGGAAACCGUAUAACUGGUUCAAUACCAAAAGAGCUCGCCAACAUCACUACACUUGAACAACUGGUUUUGGAGUACAAUCAGUUGUCUGGAGCUAUACCUCCCGAGUUAGGGAAUCUUCCUCAAAUACAAAGAUUACUAUUUACCUCCAACAAUCUAACUGGAGAGUUGCCCGCAAAUCUAGCAAAGUUGACCACUCUGACUGACUUUCGUGUUAGUGAUAACAGCUUCAGAGGAAGCAUACCAAAUUUUGUCCAGAACUGGACAAAUAUGGAAAAACUCGUGAUUCAGGCUAGUGGUCUAGCUGGCCCAAUCCCUUCUGGUAUUGCUUCCUUAACCAAAUUGACUGACCUGAGAAUCAGCGACUUGAAUGGAAACGAUUCAAGUUUACCAUCUCUUAGUACAUUGAAAAAGCUAAAGACACUGAUAUUGAGAAGUUGCAAUAUUGUUGGGACGUUGCCAGAGUAUAUCGGAGAAAUGACUACACUUAAAGUCUUAGAUCUAAGUUUCAACAAAUUAACAGGACCAAUUCCCGAGAGCUUUAUUGGUCUAUCAAACACGGACUACAUCUAUUUAACUGGGAAUUCCCUAAAUGGGCCGCUGCCCGCUUGGAUGCUGAAAGACGGGGACAGCAUUGACUUAUCUUACAACAACCUCACAUCUGGAAGUUUACCAUCGGAGUGUCAGCCGCGUAGCCUAAACUUGUUUGCCAGCUCAAGUGGAAACACCAAUGGUGCUGUUUCCUGCUUAAGAAGCAAUUGUGAUCGAAAGUAUUCCUUUCUCCGCAUAAACUGUGGAGGAAGACAAGAAGUGGAUGAUGGGGGAUCUAGCUACGAUGAUGAUACAAAUUCUGGUGGGGCUUCGAAUUUCUUCAGGAGUAGGACUAAUUGGGGAUUUAGCAGCACUGGUCACUUCUUGGAUGAUGAUCGUCCCCGAGACUCCUUCACCUGGCAAAACGCCUCAAGCAUUUCCGGACAGAACCAGAAGCUCUACACGGAUGCACGCCUUUCUCCCAUCUCGUUGACUUAUUAUGGAUAUUGUAUGAUAAAUGGAAACUACACAGUAAACCUUCACUUUGCGGAGAUCAUGUUUACUGAUGACAGAACAUACAGUAGCCUCGGAAGGCGUAUAUUUGACGUCUACAUUCAGGGGAAGCUGGAGCUGAAGGAUUUCAACAUUCAACUAGAAGCAGGAGGAGUGAACAAGCCACUCACGAAAAACUUCACUGCGGUUGUUACUGAUAAUACGUUGGACAUCCGCUUCCAGUGGGCUGGAAAGGGUACAAAUGGCAUUCCUCUUAGGGGAGUCUAUGGUCCUCUCAUUUCAGCCAUAUCCGUCGAUCCUAACUUUACGCCCCCGUCAGAAGGUGGAAGCAGCAUUUCUGGAGGUGUUGUUGCUGGUAUAGUGAUAGGAGUUCUUUUCGCAGUCAUUUUGCUUUUGGGUGUUCUCUGGUGGAAGGGCUGUUUUAGACGUAAAGACUCAAUGCACAACGAUUUGAAGGGUUUAGACCUUCACACCGGAUCAUUCACCCUAAGGCAAAUCAAAGCUGCCACAAACAACUUCGAUCCUGCUAAUAAGAUCGGUGAAGGUGGCUUUGGUCCUGUAUUCAAGGGUGUUUUAUUAGACGGCACAGUCAUUGCUGUAAAGCAGCUUUCUUCCAAAUCAAAGCAAGGGAACCGCGAAUUCAUAAAUGAAAUAGGCAUGAUUUCUGCUUUACAACACCCUCAUCUCGUGAAGCUGUACGGAUGCUGCAUUGAAAGCAACCAGUUGUUGCUCGUGUACGAGUAUCUGGAAAAUAACAGCCUUGCUCGUGCAUUAUUUGGUCCAGAAGAGCACCAAUUGAAAUUAGACUGGCCUACAAGGCACAAGAUCUGCAUUGGUAUAGCAAGAGGUUUGGCUUAUCUCCAUGAGGAAUCGAGGCUGAAAAUUGUUCAUCGUGACAUCAAGGCCACGAAUGUGCUCCUCGAUAAGAACCUAAUACCUAAGAUAUCUGAUUUUGGACUUGCCAAGCUCGAUGAAGAGGAUAAUACUCAUAUAAGCACCCGUGUUGCUGGAACUUUUGGAUACAUGGCCCCUGAAUAUGCGAUGCGAGGCUAUCUGACAGACAAAGCAGAUGUAUACAGCUUCGGAGUAGUUCUCUUGGAAGUCGUCAGUGGAAGGAGCAACACUAGCAUGAAGACUAAGGAUGAUUGCUUUUAUCUUCUUGAUUGGGCUAAUACUUUGAAGGGGAGAGGGAAUUUGAUUGAGCUAGUGGACUCGAGAUUAGGAUCAGAGUUCAACAGAGAAGAAGCCUUGACGGCCAUCAACGUGGGGCUACACUGCACGAAUGCAGUGGCCGCGGAGAGGCCAAGCAUGUCAGCAGUGGUGAGCAUGCUGGAGGGGAGAGCUGGCAUUCAACACUUGGCCUUAGACGUGGCAGAUGUCUCGGUUGCGAAGAUGAGGGGUGAGGAGACAGAGGGGCAGAGCAUAUCCAUGGAUGUGCCAUGGACAGGCUCCUCAACUGCCACCGCUGAUCUCUAUCCAGUCACUGUGGACACUGAGUACUGGGAGAAGAGAGAUCUCUAACUAUUUGUUUGUUUCUUCUCAACUUUGUAUAUUUCCCCCCUCCAUUGUGAGUGCUACAAUGAAAGAGAAGAGAAAGCAUAUACUUGUUGCUCAUGUGCAAUCACACAUUUGCAUGCUCGUCACAAUACAGUGAAAGAAAAAUGAUACAGCAAGUUGUUACACAUUUAAUUUAUUAACUUUCUUUUGUGAACUUGAGGGUAUCUUGCAAAGAAACGUGAUUUGAAGUUGAA